AAAAUGAUAACACGCUUUGAAGCUCGCGAUCAGCGCCCUCUACUGGUCAAAACACAACAAAAUACAAGCGCGCUCUCAGUUAUAUAAUUAUCUAAUGCAAUGGAAUGCAUUCAUUUUAAUUACGGUCUGUGUGACCAAAUACAUUUAGGGAGCACUGUUUAUAAUCGAACCCUAAGCAUAAAGACUACAUUACCCAAGAUGCCAUGAGCGCGGCGCUGGAUGCGCGCCGACGUCACGCAACAAGCCCCGCCCCCAUCCGGGGAUAUGACACGCUCUCCUUCUGCAGUAUGGCGGCUUCAGCUAAAAAGAAUAAGAAAAAGGGUAAGACCCUUACCCUGACUGACUUCUUAGCGGAGGACAGCGGGGGAAAUGCUCCGCCGAGUUAUGCACCCACAAAGCCCACAAGCUGGGCCGACGAGACCGAUGACCUGGAGGGAGAUGUUACUACAUCCUGGCACACUGAAGAUGACGUGUAUCGUGCGCCGCCUAUCGAUCGGUCCAUUCUGCCAACGGCUCCACGUGCCGCCCGUGAGCCCAACAUCGACCGCUCCCGUCUGCCCCGCAGUCCCCCCUACACCGCAUUCCUGGGCAACCUCCCCUACGACGUCACUGAAGAAUCCAUCAAAAACUUCUUCCGUGGACUCAGUAUCAGUGCUGUUCGCCUCCCGAGGGAGCCCAGUAACCCAGAACGGCUGAAAGGCUUCGGCUAUGCAGAGUUUGAUGACAUAGAGUCUCUGUUGUGCGCACUAAGUCUCAAUGAAGAGAACCUUGGAAACCGUAGGAUCCGUGUGGACAUUGCUGACCAGUCCAAUGAGAAAGAGAGAGACGAGCGCUCCUCAUCCGGGCGGGAUCGUAACCGUAGUGAGCGAGACUUCGGCCCAGACAAGACUGAUUCUGACUGGCGGGCAAGGCCUAAAUCUGACACUGAUGACGGUCCACGCAGGGACGAAGCUUUUGGAGAGCGAUCCCGAGAUCGUUAUGAAUCAGACCGUUACCGUGACGGCCAGCGGUGGGACAAUGACCGCUAUGAUGGAGGAAGAGACAGAUACCGGGAACGUUAUGAUGACAGAGAGCGCAGAGACUACGACAGAGGUUAUGAUUCUCGCGGUGGGGGUCGUCGACCAUUUGGAAGUGGCUUUCGGCGCGACUAUGACGACCGGCGGGACGACGGUCGGGGCAGCGGGGAGCGCUAUGGUGAUCGUGAAGAGAGAUACGAGAGACGGGAUGAGAAGCACGAGGACAGUGGUCCCCUUCAGAGGCCCAAGCUGAACCUGAAGCCCCGCAGUGUUCCCAAAGAGGAAGGCCAGAGCAGCGGCCCUUCAGUCUCAUCGGGACGAGCUGCGUCCAUUUUCGGAGGAGCCAAACCGGUGGACACGGCAGCUAAAGAAAGAGAGGUGGAGGAGAGGCUUAAGAAAGAGCAAGAUAGACUGCAGAGGCAGCUGGAGGAGGUCAAAAGCAGAGGACCUGAACGCAAGCCCAGAGAGAGGCAUCCCAGCUGGCGUAGUGAGGACCAAGCAACUGAGCGCUCACGAACAGGAAGUGAGUCAUCACAAACAGGAAACACAUCGAGCAGGGCUCCGAGGCGUCGGGAGAGUGAGCGCUCUGUAGAAAAUGAGGUUUUCAGCAGCCGUGAUGAGGAUUCAUCCUCGCAUGGAAACCAGACUACUACUUCCAAGCAGGAGGGGCUGCCGCUGAAAGUUGUUCCAGCGCCGCCACCUAAGGAGAACGUUUGGGCGAAGAGGAGCGCCAUGAGUGCAGGAUCCAAUGAGAGUGAUAGUAAACCUGCCAUCUCUCCCAGCAGUAGCACGCCACCCAAAAGUGCAACAAGCUUAGCUGAUGCUCCUCAAAGAAAUAAAGAUGAAAACAAAGCAGAUGGGGUGCACCGGGACCGGGGCCCCUCUCGGGGUCGUGGUAGGGCCUCGGGCUCUGGAACAGGCAGGGGGCAUGGAGAAACCGCGAGCCGAGACCGAAGGAAGGAGACAGGAGACAGAAAGGAUGUGAGAAGAGAACGAGACCUCAGACCAGCACCAGAGCCAAAGAAAUUUGAGGAGCCUCCCAGCCCUAAAUUCAGCUCAGCCAGUAAAUACGCGGCUUUGCUGAUGGACGGGGAGCAGGGAGACAAAGAGCAGGGCGGAGACUAAGAGGUGGACGGACUGCACAGACAACGGUCUAAAUUGAAUUACAAAUUAAACCUACAGCUUUUGUUUCAUGCAGCACUGAAGGACCCAGAUGAGCCCUUUGAGAGCAAAAACCCAUUUUUAGAGCAACCCCUCCUCUUCAGGACUGAACCGAAAACCUAGUGGGAAAAUACAGGACUCGUUUUAAAGUAAAAAAAAAAAGAGAGUGUGGAAGGAUGAAUGCUUAUGACUAAUACAUUUUUGUGGGGGGUUACAAUACACAUGAAAGGGAUUCUGCUCUUGCAUACAUCAUAAGUUGAGUGCAUUUCUCAUUAGCUUGAUUGCACGUUGAGUGUCGGGAAAGUAGAAUGGGGAAAAGUGCCACAAGAUGAAUGUUUUUCCUGCACUUUAGUGCUUCCUGAGCUUUCUGAAAGAACAUUUACAGCAGUUGCUUUACCGAGAUCUCUGGUCAAGUAAAGGGGUCCCUGACCUGCAUUGUUCACCCAUCGGUUAUAAAUCUCACAACCUGGGUUUUAUGUCUUAAACUGGCAUUGGCCGACAGGUCUGAUGAUUUGUAUUCAGGGGUAACAGCCACUGAAUAACGGCCAGCAAGUUGGUUUCGGAUUGAUAUUUCUCUGCGCUGCUUUAAGCAGGAGUCUCCCAUUUUCUAACUUAUCCUUUUGAGGACUUUCUUAAGCCACUCCUUUGGACUGAUGUGCAAUAGGAAUUGACGUAUUCCUCGGAAUCUCAAUGUUUCUACAAAAGAGACUGCUG